AUGCGCUUGUUCGCUUAUUCACUUUUCGUUACUUCAAACUUUUUUUUCAAUAAGAAUUUUCAAAUUUCAUCUCAUCGUCUAUAUGAUGUAACAAAUAAAGAAGAAAUCGUGAACAGCUGCGCUAUGCCAUCUCAGUUGGAAGAACUGGUAUCAUUUUUACACUCGCCACAACCCGCUGUAAGACAAAUUGCUCUUGAUAAUCUAGUAGGCUUUAGUACGGGUCCAACAGCCAGUAUUUUCAAGUAUGAUAAUUGUCAAGCCAUCAAAGAUCUAAAAGAACUCACAAAAGAGAAAUCUAAAAUUUUAGUUCAACAAUCUGUCACCAUACUGGCAAAUCUAUGUGGUGACGAUCAACUGAGAAACUUAAUUGCUAAUGAUCCAGAUUUUUUACUCUAUUUGACUUGGAAAAUAUGUGAUCUAAAUAAUUCAAGUGCUGAUAUCAUGUGUAUCCUAUUGAGUAAUCUGGCUAAAGAGGAUGUAAUUACAAUAGUUUUGGAAUUUAGCAGAGAUGGAGAAAAUUUGCCACCGCUUGAUAAAUCGGUUUUUAAAAGUGAUAAAGUAAUGGAUUGUUUAAUGGACUGUUUUGUAAAAGGAUACGAUCGUAAAUUGAACAAAUUUGCCAAUUUUGAUUACUUAGCGUAUUUCUUCGCUGAUAUUUCUCGUUUUAAGAAAGGUAGACAGUAUUUCAUAGAGUUACAAGAAAAUGAUAACGUAAUACCAAUCUCGAAAUUAUUGGUGUUUACUGAAAAAUAUGAUUCUAAAACAAGAAGGGAAGGUGUUGCUUCUACAAUCAAAAACUCUCUAUUCGAUUCAGAGACGCAUGUGAGAAUUUUGAAUGAUGAACAAAUUAACCUAUUGCCAUAUAUUCUUUUACCAAUUGCCAGUGCUAAGGAUUCAGAAAUUGACGAAGAGGAUAUGUUUAAUUUACCAGAUGAGCUGCAGUUGUUACCAGAAGAUAAAGAAAGAGACCCAGUAACCUCAAUCGUUUGCUGUCAUUUGGAGAGUAUUCUUUUACUAUGCACUACAAAUAGUGGGAGAGAAUUUUUGAGAAGUAAAUCGGUCUAUCCGCUUAUUAGAGAAUUACAUAAGAAUGUUGAUGAUGAGGAUAUUGGUGAUCUUUGCUACAGAAUUGUCAACGUUUUGAUGAGAGGUGAGCCAGAAAAUGUUCAACUGGAAGAAUUACCGGCAAAAGCAGCAGAUGGGGAAGCAGAUAAGGACUCUGAUGAGGAGUCUGACGAAGAGGGAAUUGUUGAAGUAGUUUGA